UCGGGCAAGCCUCCGCCCGUCACCAUCCCAGAAUCCAAGAGAGCUCACAGGCCAAACCAGGUCCCAUCGCGCCGCGGCAGUGCCCCACCCGCGCCACCUCACCCAUCCCGCCCGGUCGCCUCGCCGCCGCUGCCGAGAUGGGGUUCGUGUCCUUCGUCGGGAGGGUGCUCUUCGUCGCCGCCUUCCUCCUCUCCGCCUACCAGGAAUUUAAUGAAUUCGGAACUGAUGGUGGGCCAGCGGCGAAGGCCCUUCAGCCCAAGUUCAAUACAUUUGUCAAAAAUAUCUCUUCACAUCUGGGAGUAGUGGUGCCUCCUAUCGAGUUGAAGCAUGUUAUUGCUGCUACAAUCGGUCUGAAGGGUCUGGGAAGUCUCCUUUUUAUCUUGAGCAGCUCUCUUGGUGCUUAUCUCCUGAUGCUCUACCUUGCUUUGAUCACACCUAUUGUCCAUGACUUCUACAACUACGACAUGGAGAAGGCAGAAUUUGCGCAGCUCUUUGUGAAGUUCACACAGGAGCUGGCACUAGUUGGAGCGCUUCUCUUCUUCCUGGGCAUGAAGAACUCCAUCCCGAAGCGGCAGGCCAAGAAGAAGGCUCCCAAGGCGAAGACAAACUAAGGCUCUACUCUUUAGAUAGUUGCUGCCGUAGCGGCCUCAGGCGGUGUCAGGAGACGGUCUAUUUUGAAGCAAGCUGCGGUGUCAAUGCCAUCGUGGUGCGCUUAAUAUGUAUCAGAUUCCAUUUUGCAGGGCACGGCCCAAACGCAGGUGUGAGUAGCGGGUUAGGCGACUAGAUUGUACCAUUAUGUACUUGUGAUUGGUUUGUGGGACUAGGUUGCCAAUGAUUAAUGUUCUCCAUUUGUUUA